GAUGGACGGCCAGAAACAUGCCGGCCCGGCCCGCUCGGCGCUCGCACUUCUCCCCAGUCCCACCCAUCCAAGCGUUCUGCCCUGCCCACACUGCGGCUGUGGAUACGCGCGCCGCCACUCCAAAGCCUCCCUUUGCUCUGCUCCCGCCACCGCCCCUCCCUCGCCACACCAUGGGCAGCGCUGCCGCCGACGCCUCGCCGCCACCGCCGUCGGGGAAUCUGACGCAGGACGAGCUGAAGCGCGUGGCGGCGCACCGCGCGGUGGAGUUCGUGGAGCCCGGCAUGACGCUGGGCCUGGGCACGGGGUCCACGGCGGCGCACGCGCUGGACCGCCUGGGGGACCUCCUCCGCGCGGGCGCGCUUCCGGGGGUCGCCGGCGUGCCCACCUCCCUCAAGACGGAGGCCCACGCCGCCCGCGUCGGGAUCCCGCUGCUCCCGCUCGCGGGCGCCGGCAUCCGCCUCUCCAUCGACGGCGCCGACGAGGUCGACCCGGACCUCAACCUCGUCAAGGGCCGCGGCGGGUCGCUGCUCCGGGAGAAGAUGGUCGAGGGCGCCGGGGACCGGUUCGUCGUCAUCGUCGACGAGUCCAAGCUCGUGCCUAGGCUCGGGUGCACGGGCGCCGUCCCCGUCGAGGUCAUCCCCUUCGGCGCGUCCCACACGCUGGGACUCAUCCGCAAGGUGUUCGACGGAGUGCCCGGCUUCCACGCCAGGCUCAGGACCGUCCCCGCCGCCGCCAAGGGGGACGGUGACGGCUCGGACGCGCCGUUCCGAACCGACAACGGCAACUACAUCGUGGAGAUGUUCUUCGAGGACGGUAUCCGCGGCGACCUGAGGGACAUCAGCGACCGCCUGCUCCGGAUCACCGGUGUCGUCGAGCACGGCAUGUUUCUUGGCUUGGCCACUACCGUCAUCGUCGCCAACAAAGACGGCACUGUCACAGUCAUCAACAAGAAGUAAUAAUCUACAAGUAGCUUGUAUGUGUGCGUAUCGUGUCCGUGUGCGAUCCAACUUCCCUAAGUGUUUGCUCAUCAGUCAUUACCGUGAUGUAACCAUCAUUUUGGUGUUAUCAUCUCGUAACUUUGCUACUACUGUUGAUUCCAAUAUAUCUUAUUUAUCGUCCUUCCAAAUAUCA